UUGAAUAUUUCUACCUAACUACUUUAGUUAUGUUAAGGUAGUUAGAUAUUAUGGUAGAUAAUCUUUUGAUUUAGUUACAAAAUUGCGGCGAAGAUGAAUUUGGCUUGGAUAAUUUUCGUGCUAAUUGCAAUAGGCCAAGUUAAGACAGAUCCAGUUACUGAAAAUGAUCGUGAGGUCGUCAAUAUCACAAAUAUUGAUAUCCUUAUACAAUCGCUUGAGUCACAAAAAUGGAACAGCGACGAGACUCCAUGUUUUAAUACUAUGAUGAAGACGCUGACACACGCAAAGAAUUUUACAUUAUGGGCUGUAUGGAUAUUGGAUUCAAUACAACUGCCAAUUGGGCAGCUCUAUGGCGCAGGUGUUCACAUCGGAAACUAUGACGAGUGUCUGUUCCCUGACAAAAGGAUGGACGUCAAUGAAGACAUGCCACAGUUCAAAUACUGCGUGAAUAAUUUAACCCUCACCGAGAAAUUGGACGAGGAAAGUUAUUCUAGAGAUCCUGAUGUUACAGCCGACCUUUACCUUAAUAAAAGAACAAAAUUUAGACGGAGUUUGACAAAAGCCUUAUGGGGUUUAUGUGUACCAUCAGCGUGUGAGCCGCAUUCAGUCUCCAAGAUUGCGAGGGCAUUCCUGCAGAUCAGCCAUUUGUCACCCAUGGAUGACACCACCAGAAUCGAAGUGGCGUACUGUAAAACUGGAAAACCUGAGGAAUACUCAUUGGGAUUUUACAUAUUCGUGCUAUCCGUGACAGCAUUUUCAAUCCUCACCAUAAGUUUUUCAUAUUACUACUCUACAGGCAGAUCGUCUUCGGAUACAUUUGUUGGCGAACUAGCGAGGUCUUUCUGUCUGACAAGGAACAUGAAAGAACUGACGAAACUUCGUGACGACGAAAUAUAUUCUAUGAAUUUGAUGCGCAUAAUAUCGUCAUUUCUGAUUGUAGCUGGUCACGUGAUAAUAGUAAACUCGUUACAUUCAACCGUCAAUUUAUUGGAUUCCGAAGAGAUGGCAUACAAAACGAGUGAUUUCAUGAUCCAUUUAGACCUGACGACCGACUCAUUCUUCACCAUAUCAGGACUACUCUUCAUGCGAGGAAUGUUCACAGACAAAUGGAAAAGUCCACUGAAAUAUAUGUGGAAGAGGUACAUCAGGUUGAUGAUUGCCCUAGGUUUCGUUACAGCGUACCUAGCCUUAGCAUUCCAGUAUGGCAUAGAUGGCCCUCUAUAUGAUACGAUACCUCGUGAGGAAAUAGAAGCCUGUCAAACAAACUGGUGGCACAGCAUUCUGAUGAUACAUAACGUUGUUGACGCUAGGAAUAUGUGCAACUUGGUAUCGUGGUACGUGCCCUGUGAUUUCCAACUCAGCAUUGUGGCCGCCAUCUUGUUUUGUAUUUACCAGAAAAAUAAAUCAUUGGGCAUUACAUUUCUAUCUGCAACAUUCACCGUUGGGACCGUUCUAUCAGGGCUCGCAAACUAUUGGUACAAAUUUAGACCCAACCCAAUGGACGGUUUUGAAACCUACCCUAGACACAGUAAAGAGUUUACAGAUAAUUUUAUAAAGCCGUAUACACACGCAUCCCCAUUUUUAAUUGGAGCAGUAAUUGGAUAUAUCAUAUACACAUAUAAACCAAAGGACUACAGAAAACGAAUAUCCAAGUUCUGGUCGUAUGUCGCUGUCGCAAUAGCUCUGUUAGUAAUGAGACUAUGUCUCUACGGAGGAUAUUACUACUUUUUCGUAAGCACCGUGCCCUCAGCCCAAUCGGGGGUCUACGCCGCGUUCAACAGAGCUGUAUGGUCGACAGCUAUAUGCACUAUCAUUGUGGUUUGUGAAUACGGAGAUAUAACCAUCCUUCAGAAAUCAUUCGAAUGGUUCCCCUUGGUUCCAAUCAGCAGAUUAUCCUACACUGCGUUCUUGUUACAACUACCAAUAGAGUUGUACUACAUGGGUACUCUUAGGACCUUAGUCCAGAAUGAUUAUUACCAACUUACCAUUCUGUCGAUAGGCUUCUCUAUAAUGUGCUACGUGGGUAGUUUCUUCGUCUGGCUGUUAGUGGAGGCGCCACUCAUCAACAUCAACAAUAUGCUGACUUACAAAACGUGGAAGAACGUUAGAGAAAAGUCCGUAACGAGCAGUGACAAACAAGAUUAACUAAAGAAAAUAAAAUCAUAAUAUCGUCUCUUUUUUUAUUUAGAAAAUGUUACACAUGUCAUGAUAACAGAGAUGAACUGAGUAUAUUG